UUUCAUCCCGUCUUUCAAAAGAAAAAGUCUGUGGUUAAUUUUGCACGUGGAAAUCAGAGGAAAUUCCUACUGAAUCACAGAAUUAUUACAUUUCUCGACCUAAAAACGCUGAUUAGCGAUUUAUAGAAAAAUCCGUGGAAGUCGGAUAUCGAAAUGGCGUUAAAUCCAGCGUACGAAACCUUGGGAAAAAACUUUGUACAACAUUAUUAUGCCCAAUUUGAUGAUCCGACCCAGAGACCGAAUUUAAUAAACAUGUACGAUACCGAGUUGUCCUUUAUGACGUUCGAAGGUCUCCAAAUCCAGGGUGCCAUCAAAAUCAUGGAAAAAUUGACUAGCUUAAGUUUUCAAAAAAUCAAUCGAAUAAUAACGGCUAUUGAUGCGCAACCUAUGUUCGAUGGAGGUGUUCUGAUUAACGUGCUCGGAAGGUUGCAGGCUGACGAAGACCCACCACAUUCUUUUUCCCAAGUUUUUGUGCUGAAACCUCUGGGUACUUCAUUCUUCUGUCAACAUGACAUCUUCCGCCUUGGAAUUCACGAUACGGCGUGAAUGAGUCAAUCACGUGGUAAUCCGUAUGUGCAAAACCAUAAUCUGUAAUGAAUUCACUUUUGAUACAAAAUAAGGGAACCAGUUCUUGGGUAAAAUUUUCCUUGUUAUCAGAUUGGCAAUAUCUUCGAGAAAUUAGAUUUCUCUGUGUCUACAAAAGCAAAUAUUUGCUUAAUUUCGAUUGUAAUCUAAUGCAUAAAUAAUAACUUUCUGCUAUGUACUUCGCUAACUUCAAAGGGAGAAAAUUUCUUUGUUCAUCCUAUAAUUUCUUAGAAGGACACAUUUUGUAUGAUGCCCAAAAUUCCCCAUCCUUUGUAAUAAAUCUUUAUAGACAUGUCUUUUAA